GCCAUGAAAAACAAUGAAACAAGAAUCAGUGAGUUCAUACUUCUUGGCUUCACAGACGUUCGGAAACUACAGCUCCUGCUCUUUGCCAUCCUUUUCUUUUCCUACUCAUUGACAAUUAUGGGAAAUGCUGUGAUUAUUAUCCUGACUAACAUAGACCACCGGCUACACACCCCGAUGUAUUUCUUCCUCUGGAAUUUCUCCAUCUUGGAAAUUGGUUUCACCACCGUUGUCUCCCCCCAAACCUUGUCACAUCUUUUGAUGGGCAAUAAAAAUAUUUCCUAUGUUGGUUGCAUAACACAAUCUUUCUUGUACUUCUAUCUGGGCACCACAGAGUUCUUCCUCUUAGCCGUCAUGUCCUAUGAUCGAUACCUGGCCAUCUGUAACCCCUUACGCUACCCAUCCAUCAUGAGCAAGAGUUUGUGUACCUCCUUUGUUCUCUGUUGUUGGAUUGCAAGCUUUCUCCUCAUCAUUGGCCCAUGUCUGCUCUUAUUACAGCUUCCAAUGUGUGAUUCAAACAUCCUGGACCAUUUCUUUUGUGACAACAUCCCUCUGAUGAACCUCCUGUGUGGGGACACUGGACUUCUUGAACUUGUGGGGUUUGUCACUGCUUCUUUUUCAUUGCUGGGGACUUUGACCAUUUCAGUGGCUUCCUAUAUCAACAUCAUUAAAACUAUCUUGAGGAUCCCCUCUGCUGCAGGGAGAAAGAAAGCAUUUUCCACUUGUGCCUCUCACUUCAUUGUUGUCUCCAUCACCUACGGGAGCUGCAUCUUCCUUUACGUCAGCCCAGCCCAGGAGAGCAAGGUGGAGUUGGCCAAAAUAGUGGCCAUUCUGAACAUGAUUGUUUCCCCUUUGCUCAAUCCUUUCAUUUACAGCUUGAGAAAUAAACAGGUUCAGGAAGCCUUGAAAGAUCUAAUAUUGAGACAGUUUGCAGCCAUUGCUAAGUCUUCAGGAAAAAUCUGA